AUGGUGUCUUCCAAUACGAUAAAAGCUAGUCCUCAGGACUUGGCGUUUACUCUGGAGGAGAGACAACAGCUAAACAUUCAUGGGUUGCUGCCGCCUUCCUUCGUCAGUCAGGAGAUCCAGGUCCUUAGAGUAGUUAAGAAUUUCGAGCGUCUGAAUUCUGACUUUGACAGGUAUCUUCUGUUGAUGGAUCUGCAAGAUAGAAAUGAGAAGCUCUUUUAUAGUGUGCUGAUGUCUGAUAUUGAAAAAUUCAUGCCUAUCGUUUAUACCCCCACUGUGGGUCUCGCAUGCCAGCAAUACAGUUUGGCAUUUCGGAAGCCAAGAGGCCUCUUUAUCAGUAUCCAUGACAAAGGGCAUAUUGCUUCAGUUCUUAAUGCAUGGCCAGAAGAUGUUGUCAAGGCUAUCGUGGUGACUGAUGGAGAACGUAUUCUUGGCUUGGGAGACCUUGGUUGUAAUGGGAUGGGCAUCCCUGUGGGUAAACUGGCCCUGUACACAGCGUGUGGAGGGGUGAAUCCACAGCAGUGUUUACCUGUCAUUUUGGAUGUGGGAACAGAAAAUGAGGAGUUACUUAAAGAUCCGUUGUACAUUGGGCUGCGGCAGAGGAGAGUGAGAGGUUCUGAAUAUGACAAGUUUUUGGAUGAAUUCAUGGAGGCAGUUUCUUCCAAAUAUGGCAUGAAUUGCCUUAUUCAGUUUGAAGAUUUUGCCAAUCUGAAUGCAUUUCGUCUCCUGAACAAGUAUCGAAACAAGUAUUGCACAUUUAACGAUGAUAUUCAAGGAACAGCGUCCGUUGCGGUUGCGGGUCUCCUUGCAGCUCUUCGAAUAACCAAGAACAAGCUCUCUGAUCAGACAGUGCUGUUCCAGGGAGCUGGAGAGGCUGCCCUGGGGAUCGCUCACCUGAUUGUUAUGGCCAUGGAGAAAGAAGGUUUAUCAAAGGAGAAAGCCAAAAAAAAGAUAUGGCUGGUUGACUCAAAAGGAUUAAUCGUUAAGGGACGUGCUUCUCUCACAGAAGAGAAAGAGGUAUUUGCCCAUGAACAUGAAGAAAUGAAGAACCUAGAAGCCAUUGUUCAAAAGAUAAAACCAACUGCCCUAAUAGGAGUCGCUGCAAUUGGUGGUGCUUUCACAGAACAAAUUCUCAAAGAUAUGGCUGCCUUCAACGAACGGCCCAUCAUUUUUGCUUUGAGUAACCCAACCAGCAAAGCAGAGUGCUCUGCGGAGCAGUGCUACAGAAUGACCAAGGGUCGCGCCAUCUUCGCCAGCGGCAGUCCUUUUGAUCCAGUCACGCUUCCAGAGGGACGGACUCUCUUUCCUGGCCAAGGCAACAACUCCUACGUGUUCCCUGGAGUCGCUCUUGGGGUGGUGGCCUGUGGGCUGAGACACAUCACUGACAAGGUCUUCCUCACCACUGCCGAGGUCAUAUCUCAGCAGGUGUCUGAUAAACACCUAGAAGAGGGCCGGCUCUAUCCUCCUUUGAAUACAAUUCGAGAUGUUUCCUUGAAAAUCGCAGUGAAGAUUGUGACAGAUGCGUACAGAGAAAGGACGGCCACUGUUUAUCCUGAACCCCAAAACAAAGAAGAAUUUGUCUGCUCCCAGAUGUACAGCACUAAUUAUGACCAGAUCCUACCUGAUUGCUAUUCUUGGCCUGAAGAAGUCCAGAAAGUCCAGACCAAAGUUAGUCAGUAAACACAACAGCUAGACUUUUUAACCUUACCAGUAAGAUCUCGAAGUUCUCAUGAUUUCUAAGGGAUGGAAUCUUUUAUGAUGAUUCAUAGUGUGCUUAGAAUAAGGUGAUUUUAGUUUAACAAUCAAACCCAUGGAAGUAUAUUAAUAUAAAUUAGGAUAAACUUCACACUGGACAGGUUUGUUUCACUUACUCUGGUUAUUUAUGUUUUCUGUUUUAAUUAUUCUCUUUAUAAAUUCUGUUUAAAAACUGUUGUACCUGCUGCUGAGAAACUCAUCACUGAUAAUGUAGGAAGCUAAAGGAAGACCCAAACUAGUAAUAAAUUAAUAUAGUGUAACUUGAUCACGUUAAUGCCUACAGUUCUUUCUUGAUCAUUUUGUUAAAAUCUUUAAAAAGUGAAGAUAAACACACACUUAGGUAUAGCUGAACUUUUACUAAACAGAAGCACUGCUUGGCUGCCUGGAGACAAUCCUUCUCAGGCCUUGUGUUCCAGGCCUCGGUUCGCCUUGUUCCUUUUGCACAACUGAACUCUUGAACGCCUCUCCGAAAGCUCACUGCUGUUUACAAAACCUUGUGCAGCCUUAGAUCUUAAUCCUCCUUUGUCAUUGUUCCAGCCCGGAGAGCAGAGCUCUCUUGCUUCGGUUCUGAGUCCCAGACUCUCCACAGAAGCUCUUUUCCUCAGCCCUGACCAAACCUUUUCCCAGCUCCUGGCCCCGCUGAGAGACUGGGAGGUUUGGUUAGCACAGCCGGGCAGUGAGAAGGCUUCGAGGAGAGUCCUUGCGAAGGGACCCCCUGAGGAGCCCACCUCCACCACAAGGGUGUCAGAAGCAAGACCAUGGUUCCCAGACAAGCUAGGGGCCCCUGAGAGUCACUUGCCCUAAUGUCCCUGUGGUUAGCUCAGGUGACCGACAACUCAUAGCGUGAGUGACCACAUCUCCCAUGCCUAGCUUUCCAUCGGAUACUAAAAUGUAUUGAUUUCAGAACCAUUCUAUGGGAAGGAAUAACCAUUUCCCCAGGCUGUAUUAAUUUACUGGACAAGUUGGUGAUGCAAUGGAUAGAAACAACUUUAAAUUCCUAAGCUUGGGUUCGAAAACAUUCUGUAUUUCUAGAGACACUUCUGCUUUUGAAGUAAUGCUUUAAAGCAUGGAUGGUGUUUAAGCAGGGCUUCUCUAUAAAGUGACCCCCUUGAAGGUGAAGACCACAGAUUCUGUCAGGUGUGAGUUAAGAGUGGAGACUUCAAAUGGCAACUUUGGUUAAGAGUUUCCUUUGUGUAGUUAUUGGGAAAGAUUCAGAAUUCCUAUCUAUUUCUUGUCUGUUUCCAUGUUGUCAAAUAGUUUUAACUGAAUGUAUUUACCUAUGCAAAACAUUUAUUAAAGCAUAGAAAAUAUGAA